AUGGCGGAUGUUGGGGAGUUGUAGAGUGUGAAGUUGAGUCGUCACUUUUGAUCAUGCGUUUGAUACUGUUCCUGAAUCUUACUCCAAGUUGGAUGCUUCUCUUACGCUUGUUUAUAGUUGGUCAUUAAUCACUGACAUAAUUUUAAUGGCAUCCAUAGAAAAAUUGAUAAAGUCAUUGGAAGCUCUCAAGCUAGUUGAACCAUCUGUUGGAGCCAACGAACAGCAAGUACUGAAGAGAAAGGAUGCCACGAGGAAAGACAAGAUCCUGCACUGCAGCAACAUUGCUGAUGCUAUUUGCACUCCAAGCAUAAGAUCUUUCCCAGACUUUCCAAAGUUACUUGGUGUCUCCAUCGAAAGCUUCUUCACCUGCUGUGAUGACGACGACAGUGAUGUACGAAUGGUGGCAGACGAGUGUCUCAAUCGCACAAUCAAGACACUCUUGGAUUCCCACUUAGGACGUCUCCAAGCCGAGUUAUAUAAGGAGAUAAAAAAAAAUGACCAGGGCCGGAGUUUGCGGGUGGCGCUGACCAAGUUUGGGGACCUUUGCCACCUCAUCAAAGUUCAAAAAUGCAGGCCAUACACAGUCAACUUACUACCAUGUUUUGUGCGGAUAAGUGAGCGUACCAAUGAAGAGAGUGUCCAGGAGGCCCUUACCAACACUAUAGUGAAGAUGAUGCCAGUUGUAGGUCAAUUCACCAGCGACAACGACAUUAAGAUGCUGAUGCGCGCUUUCCUGCGGAACCUCUCGUGUCCCUCCGCACUGGUGCGACGUUCGGCUGCAUUGGCACUAGUCACCGUAUGUCAGUGGUCGCGAAAACCCAAUGUGUUUUUCCUCUCGCUACUCCAAGAGCUCUUUGGGCUAGUGCUACCCGUUCAGGAGACUCGUAGCAUCCAUGUCAUCAUUGGAGUUCUAGUCUGUUUACGCCAGCUGGUCCCUCAUUUGGGCUCUCGAGACAAGACUAUACCAACUCUGGAGGAAAUCCUUAAGGUUUAUGAGCUGCUGCUCCAUCACGUCACUAACCAAGACCAUGCCAUAGUGACUGCAGCACUGGAAGCAUUGCAGCAGCUGCUCCAGGUGCCAUCACUUGUGCAAGUCCUUCUUUGCCCUGAAGGCGUUACACAAUCAUUGAUUCACAACCCAGUGGCUCGUGCUGACACCUUAGGCUUGGGAUCUUCCCUCAACCUUGAAGAUGAAGUCGACCUUGCAGACGACAGCGAGGAUCCAAAGAUAGGGAGCCUUCCUAGUUAUGGGUCGUCAGAACAACUGCUCGAUACUGAUGAAGGCACUACCAGUGAAGAUCCUGACAUUGUGAGCCUCAUCUCCUGUGACGGCGAUGACUUUUCAAGCUCUGCCCGGCUCGUAGUAUUAGACAGCCCCAUCAGGCGACCGUCAUCUCUACGAAAGUUGGAGCUGAAAUCUGACCAAGAAUGGAAUGGUGAAAAAGUCUCCAUCUGCUCUUCACCAGCAUGCAAGCUGGAAUUUGUGUUUGGCAACACGGGUUCGUACGUUGAUGCGGACAUCCCAAUAAAGUACUGUGCUCGGCUUCUUGCAUCAUCGUUUCUGCUGACUGGCACCCCUGGGGUCCUGAUCCCCGACCGCAACGUCCGUGUCAGUCUCAAGGUCCUCGCCGUGGGCUGCCUCACCCGAUGUCUGCUCCUUUACCCACCAGCACUUUUUCUUGACCUGCAUGUUCACCAGGUGCCUGACCAAGAUGGUGUACAAAAGCUGUGGGAUGUGCUGGAGUUGAUCAACCACUCUGAUCCUCUGUUAUGUGGGCAGACAGCAUUAAUGAUUGGCCACUACUUGGGGUAUACCCUGAAGCUGGCCAGCCCCAGCUGGAACUACUGGGCACGAAAGCAGUCACCUAGGCCCGAUGUUCCCAAGCUGGCUGACCUUGUGGCUCACAUAGAAGGUGUGGUCCGUAGCUCAUCUUCGGUGGCCAGCCGCACGGGCAUCCAGGCUGUCCGUCUAUGCCUCACGAGCAUGCUCCGUUCCUGUCACGCAACGCUCGUACCUUUACUGCUCCAAGCAUGUAUAGACUCAAAGGACAGCUCGUAUUGGUUGCUCAAGGUGGAAAUGGCCGAGAUGAUUGGUGAACUGCCGUUUCGUUCUUUGGAGCAUAUUAGCCACAUCUCACGAAAGGUCAUUCAAACAGUGCAUCCUCGUGCAGCGACUUACCAAGAAAUACUAGUCUUUGAAAUCCUUGUGGACCUCCUCGGAGACGAAGACAGCCGGGUGCGGAUGGCAGCUGCGACACAACUUGUCAAGUGCGUCCCCCAGCUGUAUUUUGCAAAAGAUGGAGUGGACGAAACAGUAGUCGCCGCUGAAGCAGAGGCUGAAACGAUGCAACUCUUGGGUUGGCUCUUUCACGAGAACACCUCUGCUCACCCGCAAGUCCAUGGCUUGGUGAAGCCCUUCAACUGUAAAUUGCCACGAGAGUAUUCACCCUACAUGGAGGGAUCUCUAUCGCGGGUCAUUGCGCGACUCUGGAGCAAGCUGCAUGUGUCUGCUAACCGAUAUGAGCAGCACGGUUGCUGUCAGGCCCUAGCCUGUCUAAUUGUGGAUUACCCGGCAACAAUCUACAGCUUUGCCUGGGGUUGUGUCUUGGACUCAUCUCUUCAUGCCAUUGCAGGUGGUGUAGCCACUCCACUGGAAAGUGCUGGAGGACUGUUGGCCUUCCUAGUGGCUCUUCUAACAGCAUCACCUCUGGCUCUGGAUAUUCAUGCUCAUCAGCACCUGCUGGUGCUCUCUGGUCAUCUUGUAGCAGGUGCCUGUUUUAAGUGCAUCCAACCUAAGGAAGGAGAUCCAGGCCAAGAAGAAGCGUGGCCUUGCGUUAAAGACCGUAAUCUUGUACCACUGCUCGAUAAGUUGUUUCAGCACACCAUGCGACUACUAAAUGUGUUUGCUCACACUCUGGAUGAGCAGGGUACCCCUUCUCGAGGGUCUGUGGGGAGUCCCAUUCGUCGCCGCAAUAAAGGACGGGAUGACACUCUGUCUUCCACUGUGAAAGCUGCUCCAACAAAGAUGGCUCCAGAUACCGAGAGGCCAUCUCAGAGUAAAUCUCAGAUAAGCAACUUUGCAUCUUUACCUCACUACCUGAGGCUUCACGAUGUGCUAAGAGCAGCACAUUCCACUUACAAGGUGUCUCUCGACUCAAGCAGCUGUGAAAAGUUUUCUGGUCUUCUGAAAGCAGCCUUGGAGACAGUUGGCCAGAUUUUGGAAGUGGCACAGUUGCAGGAUGUGAAUCGUUGUGUUGAAGAACUUCUCAGUUUCCUAAAACUUUCUAUUGGAGUGGAGCCACAGGCUACAGUGCAAUGUGUAAGGCAGUUGUUAAAAGCAUUGUUUGGCACCAACCUGGCGAGCUUGUGGGAAGCCACCAGCGUGAAUGAUGUGGUGUCCUCCAGUGCAUCCACGGGACUUUACUACAAUUGCUGUUCCUAUCCAUAUACCUCACUCACCAAGCUGUUAGCCAGCUAUGCUUCCAGGCCUCCACUGUUAACAGCUGAUCCUACUAUGCUUGGCAGCUGGAUCACUUGGGCAAGGAGGGGUUGUGAAAAAAAAUUGUCUGGCUUGCUGAAACCUGGCUGUGGAAGCAAGAGUGGUAAAGCUGUUCUAGCUGCACAUAUACGGCUCUUUGAACCAGUCGUCCUUCAGGCCCUUAAACUUUACACCGUGUCUAGCAGUGCUAGUCUCCAGGCGGCAGUACUGGACCUUCUUGCACAGCUUGUUCAUCUUCGUGUCAACUACUGCCUCCUCGACUCGGAUCAGGUCUUCAUUGGCUUUGUAAUCAAACAAUUUGAAUUCAUUGAGGAAGGGCAAAUAACGAAUGCCGAGGUCCUCGUGCCACAGAUAUUCUAUUUCUUGGUGCUCCUGUCCUACGAACGGUACCAUUCCAAGCCCAUCAUCAGCAUGCCAGAGAUAAUCCAGUUGUGCGAUCGACUCAUGGCCAGUGGGCAGCCGCCCAUCAAGUAUGUCAUUCCAGCCUUACAGGCAAUAGUAGAGGAUCUAUUUCUUCUUCCGAACACCAAUCGAUCAGACUCACGGAAGGAGCUUGAGACCCAGCGAGAAGUUGUCAUCUCUAUUUUGCUCAAGUUGGUGCAGUACCCAGAGGUGCCGGAGCUGUUACUAGCUGUGGUAUACCACAGCUACCAGGAAGGAGAAGAUCGUUGGAAGAAAUUUUCUCGCCAACUCAUAGAUGUUAUACUUCCACUUCUCUCUCGUAUGCAAGUGUUCUUAGACAAGCGGCAUGCUCUGGACAUUUUGCAAAGGCUCUUUGACUCUGUGUCUCCGAGUGUCUUCAGACCUGUGGACAUUCUGUUGAAAGCCCUCUUCAUUCAGCCAGCCUCACCAGAUUUGGAAUUCCGGGCAGAGCGCUGGAUGUGCUUGGUGCUCCUAAGCCUGCGUGUCUUGUUGGCUCAGAGUAAGGAGGAAGUUGUGCUGUCACGUUUGGCCGAUCUCGCGUUGCCAUUGAGGGUGCCCUGCCAGCUAGCGCCUGAAACUCACCAGCUGGAUGCUUUUGGAGAGAACAUUGAAAAAGCUCUAGCAAUGUACCUUAUUGAAGUGGUGAAUGCAUAUGCCAAGUACCUCUGCGACCUCCUCUUUCAGUGCCCUCAGGCUGGUCCUGAGGACGUUUUUCCCUUCCAGCAGAUGUCCAGUCUUCUCCUGUACCUCACACACAUGUUUCAAUCAGGAAGUUUUCGUUGUGUGGCCACUGCAGCUAUGGAAGCCGUAAAGUCCUCAUGUGAUGCAAUCAAUGAGCAUUUUUUGCACUUAGCCUACCUGUACCCUACGCUCACUGUUCAAUGGUGCAACGUCUUGACCCUUCUCAACUAUGGAGAACAGCAGUUUUGGUCGAGAGUUCUCUGGCCAGGCACCUUGGGCUCUGGUAGCAUAAUGCAGAAGAACCUAAAUAGCCCAUCGUAUUCCUGUAGCUUUGAAUUAGUCUCUCAGGCAGGUCUGAUUCUGCUCUGCGACUAUUUGUGUGAAAAUGUGCACGAUGCAGAACCCAUGACAUGGCUGAUUGUGAAUCACGUGACGCAAGUAAUUCGCCUCUCUGCUGAACCUCCAGUCUCUGACUUCAUCAGCGGAAUUCAUCGAAAUUUUGCAGCAAGUGGACUUUUCAUCCAAGCCAUACUUUCAAGAUGUGAGCCUCCAAAGAGUCCAAGCCUAGUGAGCCGUCUACUCUGUUGCCUGGAAGGCAUCCACCCAGCACAGUCCUGUGCUCUGUUGUGUCUUCUCGUGGAGAAAGUGCUUCCCACCGCCCACUGUUCCCUCGCAAGAUCCUGCGAGGCUCUGGCUCAAAGGCAGUUGGAACUUAUGCUUUCUGCAUCGGAUGCCUUGGAUGCAAACCUUGAGGACUUGGCUGGAUUACCUGCCACCAUGCAGUCACUCGAAUUGGACCGCAGACAUCCCCACUUGUUCUCACUCCUGGAGAAAGUGCUGAAAACGAGCCAAGGUUUCAUCCAAGAGAGAGACAGUUCAUCCAAGAUGACUAUAUGCAAGGAAUGGUAUCUUGCGCAAGUGCGGCAGCAAUGCUGUUCCCCGCAAGCUGUUCCUGAGAAGUGUGCCCAGUUGCUGGCCAGCCUUAACUAUGAAGAUGCAUUGGCAGUGCUACAGCUCAAGGAAAUAUCUCCUUGUGUGCUGUGUGCCAGCCUGAAUGCUCAGAAGUGGGCCAGCAUAGAGUCCCCGUUGUACCGCGCAUCCCGUGCUAUGGUACUCUCGGAUGUGGGACACGUUGUGGCUGCACUGCCGCAACCCCAUCACCCAUUCCUUUGUGGUGGUGGUGAAGGACCACACAUAGUUUGUCAUAGUAUGAGACUGUCGACCCUCUUUGGAGAUGCUACAUUUUGGAUGAGCUUUGUGAGGCUGGUGCCACCAACGGUCGCUUAUCUCAAUAGUCUGCGGACAGAACCUGCAGAUGUUCCGGUGGAUAGCUUGGAGGAUAUUGCUCGCUUCUCUAUCCUCUGUGCUGAGGCCAUACGAUGGAUGGUGGACAAACCGGGCCGGUUUUCUUGCGACCAAUUGAAACAGUUCCUGAAUGCAUUGGACGUGUGCCUGAGUCAUUCCAGCAUUUCGUUACUCAUUGGGCUGCAAAAGCACGCAACAUGGGUCUGCUCGGCAGUUUCAGCAAUUCACAGCCUCGCAGUACAGUUGAAAGGAUGGUGCAGUUUUCCUGUGGAGGUGGUACGGAAGAUAAAGCCCAAAGACAAUUCUCCUGAGUACUUGCAUGUCCAACAGUCAUGCGUGCAAGUCACUCAACUUGUAGGCUGGCUCGAGCAUGGUAUCGAGACGCACAUCCCAUCAUUCAUCAAAGAGCCCUUGCAACGUGUCAUCACUGGUUUAGCUCGACUGCCUUUGGUGAAUAGCUUUGUCCGGAUCCCUCCCAUUCUGUGGCACAUGGAUUGGAUGCCACACAUGAGCGGAGAAUGGCACACGUUUGUUCCACCACCGCCAGCUGACUUGUUAUUCGACCGGGAACUUCUGCAAGAAUACAUCUAUCGCGUCAAUCUUCUAGGUUGGGUAUCUCGACAGCAGUUUGAAGAGACAUGGAUGGCACUUCUUGGGGUUCUCAACACAUCACCGUCAAGCGAACACGAAACGGCUCAAGAAGAACGGGUAGCAGUGCAGUGCCUGGCAGUGCGCUGCAUCACCAGCCUCCUGCUGCAAUCACUUCGUCUUCCUCAACCUGGAAAUCCUCACAGCAGUACACUGUUGCAUCAGCCACGUGACAAGCCUCACACCAGGUACGGUAAACAGCUGCAAGCAAUCCGAGCACCGGUUGAUAACAUGCUUCUGAAGCUACUCAGGCUACCCGAUGGGUCUUGGGGCAACCUGGAGAAACUGUAUCGACCUUCAGAUUACUCUCUUGGUCAGGUAUCGGUGGAAUACUUGUGCAUCGCAGUUGGACUGGCUGACUCUCCUGCAUCCCCUGAUUCAUCGUCUUCCUCAUCUUCGUCUGAUGGCCUACAGAGAGAGGCCAGUCUAGCAGCAGCCGGACUGGACCUGCGCUCUUGCCUUCAUUUGUUACACGACCUUUAUACGCAAUGGCUGGCACCUCCAGAUACAAUAGGGCAACCCCUCCUCACAGAAACAAUUCGAUCUGUGGUCAUGCUCUCAGACAUUUUCAUGGAGAGUACACAGUUUGAUUGGAUGGUGGCUCUCUUCAUGGACAUCUACAGGCAUCAACCAAUUGAAGAUCAAGUUCUGAUGCAGUACCUCAUUCUAGGCAUCACAAAGGCAACCUCCGUUGUAGGCCUGGAUACUGAUACUGUGGACAAAGCAAAGAAACUGCUGGAUUUUGGCCUCCACAGUUCAUUGCCUUCAGCACAAGUGCUCUCACUGCACAGUCUGUUGUACCUUCUGGCCCAGCCAAGUGACACGUUGACUCCAUUGCUUCCUCUUGCAACAGAGUACAUCAUCAAGCAUCUCCAGGACACUUCUUGGAAGUUGAAUGAAUGUCACGCGUUAAUGAUAUGGGCGUCAGCAUUUUUUGUGGCGGAAAAUUAUUCCGGCAAGCAGGACCUCACUGGCAAGAUUUUGCAGGCAAGUAUGAACCUGUGCACAGAUGUAGUACCCCUCUCUCUUUAUUUGUGCAUCAUGCAUGGCCUGGAGCGUCUCCUACUGUCGGAUGUGCUCAACAGCGCCGAUACGGAUCUCGUCCUCAAGCUUUGUGUAGACAGAAUCAAGAACGGCAAGCCUUUGGAAUCAUUGCCUGCGAUUGGUGUCAUGCUUUCUGCACUAUAUUUUGCAAAGGUUCCUCAGCAUGAAUUGAUGCAAGGUGUUGUGGCUGAGCAGCACAUUGCAGCGCUUGAAAGAGCUACACUUCUUUUCGACAGGAUAAAGAGGGGCUAUCCUUUUGAAGCCCAAGUGAUCAGUAGGAUCAUGCCAGUGUUCCUCUGGGAUUUUUUUCCUACGCAAGAUAUUCUCAACAAAGUGAUUGGAGAAUUCCUUUCCAACCAACAGCCACAUCCUCAGUUUCUGGCAGGAGUUCUUUUCAAGGUUUGUGAGAGUCUUCAUGCGAGUGACUCUGAAGAACUGACCCAGGAGUGGGUGCUUCUGUCACUCUCCAAUUUCACCCAGAGGUCUCCUCUUGCUAUGGCUAUCUGGAGCCUGACCUGCUGCUUUGUGGCAGCCACCUCAUCCCUGUGGUUACGUGCACUAUUUCCUCUAAUUGAAGGACGCAUGGGAAAGUUUCAAGACCAUGACAAACAACUUUUCUACAUUUCAGCUUUAGACUUUUUUAAGCAGUUGGAAAACAAAGAGCACCAAAUGCAGUUCUGCGCUGUAAUUGAGGGUGUCGCAGUUCCUGACUCACCAUACGCCGAGCUCCUCAAGAGGCUUCCCAAGUGACAACAUAGGCAAGGCUGACACGAUUUUGACGAGACUCAUUCAAACAAUAGGAACUAUGGAAGGGAGCUCCAAUCGAUGCCAGUUGACUGAGAGGAUUACUCGAGUGCCAUGUGAAAUGACAUUGUUAAUAAAGAUUCAGAUGUGAAUGUAUCAAGA